AUGAGGGAAGAAGAAGUAAACCCUAAUUCGAGCUAUGUCCCUUCUCAUCUCCUGAAAGAGAUAUUUUUGAGACUUCCCUUAAAAUCUCUUGUAAAAUUCAAAACUGUGUCAAAAGAAUGGAGAUCGAUACUGGAAUCAAAUAGGUUCGUGGAGAUGCACCUAAGUUUUCAAAAAUCUGACAAGAGCUGCCAGAAAAUCCUGGCCGCUCACCACUGCUACUGCGGCGCGCCCCUUCCAAGUGUCCUCUCCGGGGUACGUUUCAAAGGGGACGACGAAGAGGUUGUCUAUUUGCACUGCGAGUCGACAAGACCGUCGAUGAGUUGCGACGGUUUGGUCUGCAUCCCUGUACCAGGUUGGGUCACUGUUUUGAAUCCCUCGACUGGACAACUCCGGCGAUUUCUUUCCGGACCAGAUCCCGUACCCUCGGGUAAUUGGGCGAUGGGGUUCGGUAGAGUCAAAGGUACGGGGAGUUAUAAAGUAGUGAGGAUGUUCUUUAAUCCUAACCAUUACGAGAUUCUUGAUGUCAACAUUGGUGAAUGGCGGAAACUGAGUCCACCCCCUUACGAGGUGGACGCGGGACGAAGAUCCGCUUGUGUGAAUGGGUCAAUCUACUGGUUAAAAAUUUGGCGGGGUUGUAAGUUACUUGCCUUGGAUCUUCAGACGUUAGAGUACCAUGAUGUGCCACUUCCAUCGGGUAUGAGAUUCAAGAUGGAAACUCAGAUAGUGAACCUUGAUGACCAUCUAGCCAUAGCCACAACAAGAUUGAAUAGUGAUCCUGAAUGGCAACUAGAUAUAUGGACCAUGGAUGCAGGAGAAAGAUGGAGCAAGACUUACUCCAUUAGUUUAGCUUCUCUAGGUACUAACCCACUGGAGCCAAGGUGGUUCAGGCCGGUGAUAGUUUCUAAAGAUGGUAACGUUGUGAUCUAUGACGAUAAGAAAAAGGCCUUGUUCAGAUGUUAUCAACGUACAGAUACAAUCCGUCAGAUAUUCUCAUAUAAUUGUGUUAUAUCACCUUAUCUCGAAAAUAUUGUCCGACUUCAGAAUGAACAAGUCAAACUAAGGUUUGCAUGCAUCUUCGAGGAUGGGAUGCCUUUUAUUGCUCAUGUUGUAUCAUCAUUCCAACCAAGAGUUUACAAGCUUUUUUGCAAAGGAAAAGGUUAUACAAACUCUCAAAUAUUUAAUUUAAUGGCCUUAGAGAUUUGGAACGUUUACGACUGA